AGUAUGUCACUUCUUCCAUUCCCGAGCUCAACUCGAGCUCGAGACUGAGAGCUCCACCUCGAGCUCUCUUGGAAGUGCCCGUCUGCUGCUGAGAGACUUCCGAGCUCGAUUACGAGAACGUUGAUUGCAGGCAUUCCGCUCGAGCAAAUGUCGAUUUGAGUUGCAGAUUUGUACACGAGGCUUCAUCAUUGGAGCUCACAGAGGUGCGCGAAGAUGGAGUCGGGGGCGCGCCGCGGAAGUGUCCCAUCGACCACGAUUGCGAUGUUUGCUGUGAUUGCCGUGCUGCUUCUUCACAUUUCAGCUGCAGAGGCGGGUCCUGGGUCUCGGAAAUUGAGAACAUUUAAGUUCUCCUUCCCUCCUUACGGACACAAGUCGCCACCGUAUGAGUACAAGUCGCCUCCUUACGAAUACAAGCCUCCAGUGGAGUACAAGCCACCGCCAUAUGAGUACAAGUCGCCUCCUUACGAAUACAAGCCUCCAGUGGAGUACAAGCCACCGCCAUAUGAGUACAAGUCUCCUCCUUACGAAUACAAGCCUCCGAUGGAGUACAAGCCCCCGCCGUAUGAGUACAAGUCUCCUCCUUACGAAUACAAGCCUCCGAUGGAGUACAAGCCACCGCCGUAUGAAGACAAGUCUCCUCCUUACGAAUACAAGCCCCCAAUGGAGUACAAGCCACCGCCAUAUGAGUACAAGUCUCCUCCAUAUGAAUACAAGCCCCCAGUUGAGUACAAGCCACCUCCAUUUGAGUUGAAGCCUCCUCCAUACGAGUACAAGUCUCCUCCUUAUGAAUACAAGCCUCCAGUCGAGUACAAUCCUCCUCCAUACGAGUACAAGUCUCCUCCUUAUGAAUACAAGCCUCCAGUCGAGUACAAGCCUCCUCCUUAUGAAUACAAGCCUCCAGUCGAGUACAAACCUCCUCCUUAUGAAUACAAGCCUCCAGUCGAGUACAAGCCACCGCCAUACGAGUACAAGUCUCCUCCUUAUGAAUACAAGCCUCCAGUCGAGUAUAAACCACCCCCAUACGAGUACAAGUCUCCUCCUUACGAAUACAAGCCUCCAGUCGAGUAUAAGCCACCCCCAUACGAGUACAAGUCUCCACCACAUUACUGAGCUGCACUUCAGUGGACCUUGGGCACAUCGUGUUGGGCAUGCUGAAAACCGAUGACAGAUUUGAGCAUAUUGACAUUCGUAUUCAAGGCAUCGGAGGCAGCAACGAUCGUGAUCACGAAGUGUCGAAUUAAGGAUCGUUUGAAGGUUGCAACGUUGCAUGCUAGCUGAUAGGUCUUAUAUUGAGAAUCCGCUAGUAAACUGAUUGUAGAUCAGAUUUCCUUCUGCGCUAUAAGAUUCUUCUUGAAAGCUCAUGCAGACAGUAGAUUGAAGUGAUCCGUAGCGAGUUUACUGUCGGAGAUUCAAUUCUUGAUCUGGAUUCAUUCUUUCUUCAGACGCAUCAACGGAUUGGUGGAUUCCAUAUUUGUAGACUGUAUUAAAUUGUUUUUCUAGCGUUCGUAUAAAGGUCAUUCUUAUUUCGUGCCUC